GAGAGCCUAGGUAGCCUAGCCUGACACAGACCCGCAGCGCUGUCAUGGCGGAGGAACACGAAGCCGCAGAGAGCGGAGGUGUCGGCGAGCCGGGGCGGGGGACAGCGGCUGGCCCCGCGGUGUCGGUCCCUCGGGGACUUAGCAGCACAGCGAACCACGCUCCAAAGAGAAAGUUGAUCCUACACAUGGAUCUGAACAACACUAUCCUGGUGUCAGACUCGGUGACCGGCCAGGGGACUGUUGCUGCCCUGGAUUACUUCCUCACCACCGUCACCUGGGGGAGGAUGAGCAAACGAGGAAGGUGGGAAUGGCUGAGUGAGUCGGCUUCCAUGUUCCCACCCUGCAGCGACGCCGCCAGCUACUACUCUCAGUUUGGACGCUUACCAGGCUUCACCUCUGCUGCUGGCCGACGCUUCAAAGGACUUUUGGAUGAACAUCUGGAGCUGCUCCGCUGGCCUGAGGGCAUCGAGAAAGACAGACAGCUGUCUGUUAAAGGAGAGGACGGGCGCCUUUACCACUGGAUCCUGCCUUCCUUCUUCCAGCUGAUCAGGGACCUGGCGCGGGAAGGUCGAGAGUUUGCCAUCGUUUUCCGCACAUUCGGAACAGACCUGCCUCGUGUGCUGAAAGCCGUGUCUCGAGCAGUAGAGGAGGGAGCUCAUCCGCUGUUCCCUGAUCUGCCGGAGCUGAAGCUGAGUGUAGACAUGACUCCAGGCAAGAUCCGCUGCAGCAAGAAAGGGAUUGUUCUGAGCCGGGCUGAGGACCGCUUGUCUACCUGUGAUGGGGAGAGAGGACUCUACCAGUACCUGAGCUCAGUGCAGGGUCUGAGUGGUUUCCAGGACCACUUUGACUGGUGGGCUGCCAACACCUACUCUAUCCGAGGUGGGAAACCGCUAUGGAUAGACCCCUUUGACCAGGAUGUUCAGCACAUCUUUAUAGAUGACAAUAUCCGACAGAAUGAUGAGGAUACCAUUGUUAGUCCGAAGGUCUUCCUGGAGCCCGACGGCCCCCACACCCGUACAGCGUCCACCUCUGAGCUGUACGACAUCUCCUUGGUCCAGACUGACCUCCUCCGGGCCAUUUCGGACCACAGCUACUUCACUCGGCGCGUUCACAUCUGCCUGGAAAACUACGAGAGUAAUCUCCAGAACGGCACAGUCUAGAAGCCACUCUGGGCUCGUCUGGGUGUGAAACUUGUCUGCAGUUUAGGGUGCUGCCAACUAAAAGAAAGAGAAAAAAAAAAACAUCCCUACUCGGUAAGGGGUCAGAACCACUAGAAGGGUCGUCUAGGACCAUUUAGGUCAAAGAGAAAGACCUCGCUAUGGGAGGUUACAUGAGCUUCGCGUAGAAAAGUGUUUCCUAACAUGUGGACUCACUUAAAAAGUGGCACUUUAGGUUAUUUAAAUUCUAAUUAUUAUUAUUAAGUUAUUUAUGAAAUACUUGAUUUCUAAAUAUUGCCAGUUUAUACAAAGAAUCUGCUAAACCCUGGAUUAUUCAUACGCCAGGCAGAUUUAAAUUUAACUUUAACGUUUUCAUUUAGUUUCAAGAAGUUUGUUUCUGAAAAUAGACGGACGUCUCAAAGAUAAAAACGAUCAGUUAUGAAAGAAGCAGAUUUUAAUUUACCUUUUUAUUAAAAAUGCCACAUCAAAUAUGAUUUAUACCCCCUGGUUAAUUAAUAGAAACAUCUUAUUUUAGCACUACAGCAAUCAAACCUUUGCUAUCGUGGCUGGACAGCUUUACGUCUCGUCUGGCGAUUUAUCUUUAAAGUUGGAAGGCCUCUUCACCAUCACCCUAAUGCGUUGCUUCCUCUGUAGUAGACAAUAAGACAUGGGGGAAAUAGACUAGCAAACAGCAUUAAUGUCUCUCUGAUUUGGGCUCACAGCAAAUGGAGGCAUCAGAUACAGCGUAGCCUGUCCAGCUAUCACCUUUUAAUCUUGAAAGAGUUGUCUCUAGCCAACCCCUACUGUUUUGGCUCUGAAACAACUUAGUUGUAGUUUCUGAAUCACUUUGCCACCUUACUACCUCUUGACCCGUUAUAGCAUUUUUAUGCUGCGUUAAAUAAUCAAAUCUGUUUCAGAAGCAGAAUCCCUGAGUGCAGUCUACUGUAAUAGUUCAUUUUUUUCUCUAGUCUGAGCAGUUCCUUGUGAUAUGCAUGUAGCACACAGUGAUACUGAGAUGGCAAUUCAUUUACAACAUGUUGUUCAACCCUCAAUCACUCAGAUUGACAUCAGGACUCUGGCUUGGCCACUCCAAAACUUUAAUAUCACCUCCAGUCAGAAGAGACAUGUUAGUAAUCUGAAAGAUUACUUUAGAUAUAAAUCUGCCAUGGCUAUGGCUAGUUUUGUGUUUACCUUACAGCAGAGAUGUUGACUUUCAGACUUGGACCUGACUUGUAAUUUUCUCUACAGAACCACAGACUUGUGUUCUACCUGAGCUCUAAAGACUUGAGCCUUGACUUGGACUUGUUGUCUGGGACUUGUGUCAGUCUGGAUAUUUAUUUUCUGGAGUGGAAGGAGACAUGACACCAGAGCUCUGGGUGGACGUGCUGAAUGCUCCUACCUGGCUGUAAUUAUCAACCAGGGACGUUGUUGAACUAUGAGCUGCUAACACUUUACAACAAUCUGUUCAAUUUAGCUGGAGCUACUAAAUAAGGAUCACACAGAUAUCUCUCCAGCUGAAUGCUGUAUUAAACAGCUUUUUUUUUUCUUAGAACAGAAUAAGAUUAAAGGAGCUCAGACAUUGUUUCUCUUUUGAUGUUAUGCUAGCUGCAUCAUUCCAAAAGCCUUUCUGGCUAAUCCCAAUAAAAGCAUUUUCUGUUGUGUUCAUU